AACAAAGUCUUGGGACUUGCACUUGCCAUGCUUGAGAUUCUUUAGUCUUUAGUCUCUGGGAUUCCAGCUUCUUCAAUCAACAAAUCGAGAUACUGACAUAACCUCACUAACUCAAGCGCGAAUUCACGAAGGCUUUAACUACUAGAAUUUCGUUAAGUUUGACGCAGCUCCACAAAGAGACUCAUUUGAGGAAUUAUUACCUUCUAGCAGCUCGCAAGUAAGGUGUAUAUUCGUAGCUUCCUUAUAAGUAUCUUACAGAAUUCUUCCGAAUUGUGUCACCGUCAAUUUCGUCAAAUUUUCCUGAUAAUUCUAUGAAUAUCCCUGUAUGACACCGCCACGGCACCUUCUAAAACUAAAAGGCUGUUUUAUUUGAAAGUUUGAAGCAUAGAGUGCGCUACCAUCGCCACCAUAUGAUAGUGACAGUUGCAAAUUGUAAACAAAAAAGCCCCAAUGAAUAGAUUGUACAAUAUUUCUCGUUCGCUGCACGGAACUCCAGUGAUUUUAGCUAGAAAAGGAAUGAAAAUGAGUCAAGAGUGUGGUCCAGUUGAGAAUGCCAUGCGAAAGGGCCUUGAAACGAACCUUUCUCCGAUCCAUUUGGAGAUAAUCAACGAAUCUUACAUGCACAAUGUGCCCCCAUCUUCAGAGACGCAUUUCAAAGUCCUAAUAGUGUCCCCCAAAUUUGAGGGUAUCUCUGCAAUCAAACGUCAUCGAAUGGUGAAUGAUGUGGUGAAAGAAUCCCUCAAUGGAGCCUUCGUGCAUGCCCUGUCGCUGGAGACGAAGACUCCAAGUCAAUGGGAUCCAGAAUACAAAGUGGAUCCCAGUCCCAAAUGCCUCGGUGGAUUUGGCAAGUGAUUUGAGCUGGGCAGAAUCCACAAAGUUUGUAGAAAAAGAUGAACGAAAGAUGCAGAAGGAAACUAAAAAGGUCCACUAAAUUCAUAAAUUGAUGGUAUCCAGUCUCAAUUUUCCAUCGUUCUCUGUGAAAUACAGCAUAUCCGCCAUGGACUGCUCACAAAUAAGAUCCUCGACUCGCUGAUGCAUCUGCAAAGACGAAGGAAAAGGUAGGAUAUUUCUUAUUUUUACCACUACAUUUUGUUAUUAGAUUUCGAGGAAAUUAGUUUUAAAUUAAAGAAAAAUGUGAAUAAAUUUUUUAUUAUUAAAAGA